GCGAUCGUAGCGACAAUUCCCGAGCAAGGAAUCUGCUGUGGAGCCACGAAUGAUUAUCACGUUGCCAAUUACACUUCCAAGAACACUGUUCGUCAGCGGAAGCUUUACGCUUGGAUUUCUAGACUUUGGUACUACAAAAGACCAGCUCACGAGAUAUAUCGGUUGCACCUGCAUCACCACCGGGGGAAAUCGCAUUCAAAAAUCGAGCUCUGGCUACUUGAACUCCUUCACAAGAUACUCACACACUAGUCCUACACUUCUCGCGUGAAAAUGAAAACUUCCAGAAAUUCAACCACUUACUCGAACCAACGAAAGGAUAGCAAACACAAUUUGGACAUGACUUUCCUCGACCACUUUGCAAGAAUCGAUUAUCAUCAAAGCGAAUAUCUGAUCGAUCGCGAAUCAAGAGACCCACGAAAAUCAGAAACGGGCAACUUUCAUAUGAAAAUGACGUUCCAUGAUGCUAGCAACUCCGAGGAGACCGUCCACCGCAGCUUUUCACAUGAACCGCGCGCGCCACAUCUCCGCCGAGUGCCCGGCCAUUCAAACAUGGCCGACGAGCUCGGCUCGCAAUUCAGCGACAUCAAAUACGACUUGUACAGCACCGAUGACGACACAGAAAGCCAUCUCGAAAUGUCCCGCCGAGGAAGCCACGAUCGAGAAGAAGCACACAACUACGUCCUCGCAAGCGACUUGAUUACACCAAGGACGUCUGACCUGGAACAUUGGCGCUCACAGAUACCCCGGAACGGAAGUGUCGAUGAACCCGUCACCCGACCACCUUCAGUGAUUGAUGGCAUCGGCAGCGGGGUCUCCUCGGGUGCUUGCAGUCCCGUCAAGCGUUCUAGCUUGGCUUUUGCGAGCUCGAACCCGCCGACUUCGAAGAACGGACUCGACAGGAGCGAUGUGCGCGCGAAACCUCGGGCGGGAUCAUGAUAUCCAUGGUCUUAGCCACCAAGCGCGAUCCCAACGCCUGAUGAUCGCAGAUCAAACUCGUCUGAAAACAGG